GCCAGUAGAGGGGACUUCAUGUUUUCUGCAGAUCGUUUGAUCAGACUUGUUGUGGAAGAGGGAUUGAAUCAACUGCCAUAUAAAGAAUGCAUGGUGACCACCCCAACAGGGUACAAGUAUGAAGGAGUGAAAUUUGAGAAGGGAAAUUGUGGGGUCAGCAUAAUGAGAAGUGGUGAGGCAAUGGAACAAGGUUUACGAGACUGCUGUCGAUCUAUACGUAUUGGAAAGAUCCUGAUUCAGAGUGAUGAGGAAACACAAAGAGCCAAAGUAUAUUAUGCCAAAUUCCCCCCAGACAUUUACCGGAGAAAAGUUCUUCUGAUGUAUCCAAUUCUCAGCACUGGAAAUACUGUAAUUGAAGCUGUAAAGGUUCUUAUAGAACAUGGAGUUCAGCCCAGUGUUAUUAUCCUACUCAGUCUGUUCUCCACUCCUCAUGGUGCCAAAUCAAUCAUUCAGGAGUUUCCAGAGAUCACAAUUUUAACUACUGAAGUUCAUCCUGUUGCACCUACGCAUUUUGGACAGAAAUACUUUGGUACAGACUGAGUUACCAAAGAAAAAUAAAUUAUCUUGUGUAAUAUUACAGUAAUAUUUUGAGUUUCUACCUGUUUUACUAAUUCACUUGAAGAAUGGCAGAGAAAACUAUGCUUUAUAAUUUUUGGUAGUGGGUAUAGUAAAAAGGAAAUAUUUGAGGUUUAAUGUAUUUGGUUAUUUCUUGACUGAUGGCACCACACUUAACAAUGCAGCACCCACAACUCUUAGAAAAUAUUUUAAUAAUAUUCUAAUGCAAGUUGAUGAUCCCUCAAUGCAUUGACACUGUUUCCUAAUUUUUGAACCUCUCAGUUGGGAUGUUGUUUGUAGCCACAAAUAAAACCCAAAUGGGAUUCUGUUCUUUGGCCGACUCUACUUUGCAUUUUGUUUAGUUUGCUUUUAGUUCUAGGGAGAUUUCAUGUAUAUGGCUGUUGUCACCUUCUUCUUCUCUUUACUUCCCAGUACUAUACAUGCUGGUAACCUGGGGUGAAAAAAGAAUGCCUCCUGGAAUUUUACAUUCGGUUAAUAGCCUCACUCAAUUAGCAGACCCAGGCUAUAUGGUUAGCUCUUCAGUCAAGCCAUUAUGUUCUUCAUGGCUCCGUUCCCAUCGUGUGCAUUGUUGGUAGGUGCUUUGCCAAGUGUAAUGCAGUGAAGAGAUGAUGGAGCAUUUCCAGCAACUGGAACUUUAACAUUAAUUUACAUAGAUAGAUUGAACCAGGGAUAUCUGGAUGCUGACAAGAGAGGGCUAAGUACUGUUAAUGUCACCAAUGCCCUGGAAAGGAAUUGGUAGUGAUUUUUCUGAGGCAUGGGGGGAAAAAUCAGUUUCUUGCUGAGUUUUAUGGCCAGUAAGUACAUUAAAAUGCUUCAUUUUUAAUUUGGGUAUUUCAUAUGAUUUGGAAAUGAGAUAUUUUGCAUACCUGUUAAUUGAAGAUGUAUUAAAAUUUAAAACACCACAUUUUUAAAAUCCUCCAGUUAUAUGUAUGUUCAUAUUUAGACCUUGAAAAGGAAGACAAACUGUUGUAGAAAACAAUGUUUGUGUUUGGAAACUUGCUUGUAAAAUCCUGAUCUCAUUUUACAUCAAUAAUAAACAUUUUAACAGUG